AUUUCUUGUAUUUUAUUCUGUUCAACUGAGUGUGAUUUUGGUGAGGUUGUAAUCUGAAUUUCGUUUCCACAUUGACAAACAGGCCAAGGCACAACAAGAAAACAGAAAAACACGAUAGUGAGCAGGUGGAGAAAACUGAAGUGCGAAAAACACUUCCAUAUUGUACGCUGAAUUUUCCAAGUCAAGUCUUGAUUCUAUAUUGUCUGCUGCAUAUGAAAUUUCCAAGUAAAGUAGCGUGUUGAUUAGAAGUCUCUGAAUCAACCAUACAUGCUGUGAAGAAAUAGUACAAGUAGGUUAUCUGAGAGCUCUGAGUUUCUUUCCUCUGUUCUCUCCCACUCUUCAAAAGCAGUGCACAUCCUCCUGAAUGCGGAUUGUUCACUUUUGAUUGUUCUGACCAAAUUGGUCCGACGAUCCAACUGGAAGAGGGAGCAUACUCGCUUGAAUUCGAAGGCACUCUAUCAUCUUCGAUUCACAGAGCUGCAGGAGCCUCAACGAUGAAGUUUUCGUCGAGAGUCUUCUUAUGAUCUCUCACUCUCUCUCUCUCUCUCUCUCUCUAAAAUUUACAAUGAAUCAAAACGUCUGUAUUCUCCUCCUCAUGAUUUUUGUCCUGUCAUCUGAAACGUCAUUGGUUUUGGCUGUGAACUUUUUCUACCAAAACUGCAGUGUGCCCAUUACUUGUGGCAGCCAAGACAUUAGGUAUCCAUUCUACAUCCAAGGCAAGCAACAACCCUUUUGUGGGUAUCCUGGUUUCGAGCUCUCCUGCCAAGGCGGAGAUGAAGACGGAGAAGCCUACCCAAUUCUCCAUUUGUCUGGUAACGAUUACAUAAUCCACAACAUCAGUUACCAAACCAGUUCUCUUCUUGUCUCAAAUGCUCUGCUUUCACACUACCUAAACAACUCUGCUUGUACUAACCUGUCGUCAAUCAACAACUUAACCCUCCCUAAUGAUCAGUUUAAUCUGGCUCCAAACCAAGAUCAAUUCUUUCUGCUCUACAACUGCAACUCUUCGUUUGUCGAUUCUUUUCCAAAGUACAAGAUUGGUUGUAAUAACACUUCGGUUCUUGCUGUGCCUCGGGAUGAAUACCCUGAAGUUGGAAAUGUCCUGCAGUCCCAAAAGUGUGGAUCGAGUGAGGUGGCGGCAGCGCAUGGUGGAGGGUACGGGAAUGUUGAGGCAGCGGGAAUGAAGGAGGUGUUGGGGAGAGGGUUUGAGAUGACGUGGAAGGCAGUCGACUGCAGCCGCUGCUAGAGUAGCGGAGGGUUAUGUGGGUUUAAUUACACCACCUACCAUUUUAGGUGCCUCUGCCACAGUACGACUCAUUCUGUGCGCUGUAUGGACGAAGAUGACGAAGGUGGAAACUUGGUGGCUAAAGUCUCCAUAGCAGGUGCAGGUGCAGGUGCUGGUCUCAUAUUUCUAAUCGUUAUCGUUUGCUGCUUAAGGGGAAAGUUAUCAUCAUAUAGAUUUCUGUUCUUUUGGAAGAAGCAAAACCAAAAUCUUCAAAUUGUAGAGGCCUUUCUAAGGAGCUACGGGCCGUUACAAGUACGAAGAUAUAGCUUUUCGGAGGUCAAGAAAAUGGCCAACUCCUUCAAAGAAAAAUUAGGACAAGGAGGCUGUGGUGCUGUUUACAAAGGAAAGUUAAAGGACGGCUGUCUUGUAGCAGUGAAGGUCUUGACCAAACUAAAAGGAGAUGGAGAAGAAUUUAUGAAUGAAGUGGCAGCCAUUAGUAGAACUUCCCAUGUCAAUGUCGUCACCUUGUUAGGCUUUUGUUUUGAGGGUUCCAAAAGAGCUCUCAUCUAUGAAUUCAUGUCUAAUGGAUCUCUCGAGAAAUUCAUAUUUGAUGCAAGUACUCCCAACGUAGGUCAUGAUCACUUGGGAUGGGAAGCAUUGGAUCGAAUUUCACUCGGCAUUGCUCGAGGGUUGGAGUACUUACAUCGUGGUUGCAACACAAGAAUUUUGCAUUUAGACAUCAAGCCUCACAACAUUCUUCUCGAUGAAAACUUCACCCCAAAAAUCUCGGAUUUUGGCCUUGCCAAAAUAUGCAACAGCAAAGAUAGUAUUGUGUCGAUGUUGGGAGCAAGAGGUACAGCAGGUUACAUUGCUCCAGAAGUAUUUUCUAGAAAUUUUGGAGGGGUCUCACACAAGUCGGAUGUGUACAGCUACGGAAUGAUGCUUUCAGAGAUGAUUGGAGGAAGACGGAACAUCAAUGUUGAAGCUGAUAAUACAAGUGAAAUAUAUUUUCCGCAUUGGAUUUACCAGCGUCUUGAGCUGAACAAAGAGCUUGGUCUGCAAAGCGUUAAGAACGAGGAAGACAAAGAAAGGGCGAGGAAGAUGAUCAUAGUGAGCUUGUGGUGCAUACAAACUAAUCCUUCAAACCGGCCGGCGAUGAAGGAAGUGAUAGAUAUGUUGGAAGGGAGUGUUGAUUCGUUGCAGAUACCACCCAAGCCUUACUUGUCUUCUCCUCCAAAAUCCCCGGCAGAUUCUUCUACCACAUUGGUAUCAAUACAGUAGAAUCCCUGUAUUUUACUUGAACAAAUCUGUGUUUUUCUGAGGCAAUCUAAAUAAUGAAGUAUGCAUUUCAUUUUUGUUUUUGUUUUUUUUUUGUUUUUCUAUAGAUGAAUGAAUCAAGACACUUGUAGUGACCCUCCUACUACGCGUCCCGCAAUCAUAUAUAUAUUCAAAACAAAAUGUGUGAAACAUUUGCAUUUGUGGAUA